UCGCUCGCAUGUAUACACACACUGGCAAUAUGAAUAUGCAUUUACUGUAAACAAGAACUAAUUCUUCUGAAAUAUCAUAGUUCGUUCUGUGCUUGUAUCUCAGAAGCACCGUGGUUCGUCCUUAUCGAAAUCAAUAGUUUUUCUUGAAAAGCUCCGAGAAACGGACGCCGGUGAUUUCACUGGAAGCCAAGAUAAGUGCCGGUAUAAACAUCAUACAUGCUGUGUAUAUAAUCAUUGUGAUUCAGCUAGGAAAACAAAUCUUAGUUGGUGCUCAAUUAGUGUGGUGUUAGUGCACCGCGAUAUUGAGUGAGAACACAUUCUGCCGGCUAGAAUUACCGCUAAUAUGAAGAGAGUACUGCCAGGUAUUCUGGCACUACUAAUAGUGCAAAGUGCUUACUGUUUUCCACAAGUCACAGACACAUCAAGUUUAGUGGUAUCAUCAACUGAGCCUGCCAAUAAUAAUGGGGGUGAAAUCAAAGGAAAGGAAGAGAAGCCAGUUGUACCAAAAAUCUACGAAAUGAACAUUAACACCAAUGUGUCCAACCGCUACGCCAAGACGCAGAUAGCUAGUAAAGUAAAAAACCUGGACAAAUCACCCAACGAAGUGGAGUUUUCCGUUGUUACACCUGAUCGGGCUUUUAUUUCCGGGUUCGUAAUGGAGAUUGACGGAAAAAGCUACAAGGCGUAUGUCCAGGAGAAACAAGAGGCCAAGAAGACGUAUGAUGAGGCAGUUGCAAGUGGUAGGGCCGCAGCACAUGUGCAAGGAAGCGCCAGAGACUCCAAUAGAUUCACAGUUUCAGUUAAUGUAGAACCACAAAGCAAAGCAGUGUUCUACCUACAAUAUGAAGAGCUCCUCCAAAGGCAGAAUGGAAAAUACGAAAUUGUUAUAAAUAUCCAUCCUGGACAACCCGUUAAGAACAUGAACGUCGAGGUCCACAUAGACGAAUCAAGACCACUGAAAUUCGUAGAAACCCCUGCAUUGCGUUCAGGAAAUGAAAUAUCAACCAAGGAAAAUGAAAAUCUUUUACCGAACGCGAAAAUAGAUCCAGUGAACGAAACAUCAGCAGUAGUGUCGUUCCAACCUGACGUGGAAAAGCAGAAGGAAUAUGCAAAGGAGCUUGGUACUGAGAAAGAUAACGGCUUGGCUGGACAAUUUAUCGUACAAUAUGAUGUGGAAAGGGAUCCCUCUGGAGGAGAAGUUCUGGUAGAUGGCGGGCAUUUCGUCCACUUUUUCGCCCCCAGCGAAGUAAAACCCCUCCCGAAGAUGGUGAUCUUUGUCCUGGACACCAGUGGAAGCAUGAGCGGUAUCAGAAUUGAACAGUUGAAACAGGCCAUGAACCGAAUCCUAUCCGAGCUCCAUGAAAAUGAUGUGUUCAGUAUUAUUGACUUUAACGAUAAUGCCAAGGUUUGGAACGUAGACAAAGUGGCUGUACAACAUGAGACUGCCUCUGAAUAUCAACCUUUCUGGUACAGGAAUGAGGACGAGUCCAAGCAGAUCUUCAAAAACAGGACUCAACAACCCAUUCCAUCUCCGUAUCCAGCAAAUAAAGCCAAUGUGCAAAAAGGAAAACAAGUAGUGGAGAAGCUUCAAGCAGAUGGUAGUACAAAUAUAAUGGACGCUCUCAAAACAGCACUUACUAUAAUUAACAAGAAUCACGAAGAAAGCAAGAGGAAUCAGCCCAUCAUUGUCUUCCUGACAGACGGUGAAGCAACAAGUGGAGAAACAAAUAACGAGAAUAUCAUCAGUACAAUAACGGAACUGAACAGCGGCAAAACUCCUCUAUUUUCCCUCUCUUUUGGAGAUGGUGCUGAUCGUUCCUUCCUCCAAAAAAUCUCCCUGAAGAACAAUGGUUUCGCAAGGCACAUCUAUGAAGGUGCAGAUGCCUCCUUGCAAUUGGAGGAGUUCUAUAAGAGCAUCUCGUCUCCGCUACUGUCCGACGUGAAGUUCAAGUAUGUGGAUAAAGUUAAAGAAGUUACCAAGACGCGCUAUCCAAUUUUAUUCCAUGGAGGAGAGAUCGUGGUCGCUGGGCAGAUAGACCCAGGUUUUGCUCCACAACCAAUUGAAGCUAAGGGAUUUGAAGGUCCUGUCAUUUUAACACCCCCGAAAGAGAUCACAGCAGCUCCUGGUAGUCUCGAACGUCUUUGGGCAUAUUUGACCUUGAAACAGAUCUUGGAACGUCGUGAUGCAGCCGAAAACAAGACGGAGUUGACCAAAGAGGCGCUGGACAUCGCUUUGAAGUAUUCCUUUGUGAGCGACGUCAGUUCCCUGGUGGUGGUGAAACCAAACGAAACGUCCAAAGCUGUUGAAACGGAAGAUGCUUCCAAGCAGCGCCAAGACUUUGGAGGUAUUCCAUACUAUAAGUCUUUUCCUGCCGGCGGACUUAGAUCGGCAGUUCGUCCUCUUAGCCUAGGGUCACCACUUGGCCGUUCAGGGUUGAGUUUUUCCGGUGGAGCAUUUGGAGCAGGAGGAUUUGCUUCACCUAUGGCACCAAUGCCAGUGUAUGCUUACUCGGGCGUCCCUGGAGUCCCAGUCGAUGACAUAGACAGUGAUUCGGUUCCAAGAAAAGCUGUUUAUGCAGAUCCAGCACGUCGACUUUACGCUUCUGCUGGAAUGGAUUUCAGCCAAUCAUUUGCUAAAGCCGAUUUUGCAGAAGAGAUUCUGCUGUCUACCCCUGCAACUUAUGAUGCCACUACCACUGUAGAACCCAUUUACAACCCGAACAUUCCAAUAGACACUUUGAAAUCCAAUCUAACUUGGCUUGGGCCUCUGUUGCAUGAAAAUGGUACAAUCACACUCCCAUGGGGUACUUAUAAAUCCGGCGUUGGCGAAAUCCUCAACAUCAGACCAGAUUGUGCCAAAUCAGUUUUAGGUUCUCCUGGCUCUUGCACUUUGCUGCAGCAGUGCGAGUUCUAUAGUUCCCUUACUGAUAUAGAGAAGUUUAAGGAACACUUCUGUGAUUUUGAAGGAUAUGCUGGCAUGUGUUGCCCCAAAGGCAAGAGGAUAGAUUAAGAUUAGCGUAAGUUGUUUUGUACUGUAAUAAUUAAGACAAUAAAUCUAUUUUUGUAUU